AUGCCUCGCCGGCAUCAUAUCACUCUGCUGACGAUCCUCGGUGUCUCAGCGUUCUUGGGGAUAUUCUUCGUAUCAUUUUUCCGGGGAAUACCAGAGGGAGCUCGAAGUGCCGGUUUUCUACCUUCGUAUACAGAGCCUCUGAGCGGGCAUAUCGAUGAAGGACUAUUACACACGGAGGCGAAAGCUCCCAAGCUUGAGAAUGCCACAUUGAAAGCAGAACUGGGGCACGCAGCCUGGAAGGUCCUCCACACAAUGAUGGCCAAGUUCCCAGAUACGCCCACAGAAGACGACAGCGCAGCACUGAAAUCCUACAUCCACCUCUUUGCACGAUUAUAUCCCUGCGGCGACUGCGCGCGGCAUUUUCAGAAGAUCUUGAAGAAGUACCCGCCGCAGGUAGCGUCUAGGUCUACGGCUGCGGCGUGGGCUUGCCAUGUACAUAAUGAGGUUAACAAGAGGCUGAAGAAGGAGAUCUUUGACUGCUCAAACAUUGGGGAUUUCUAUGAUUGUGGAUGUGCGGAGGAUAAACCAGAGAAGGGCAAGGAUGGGUUUACGAAGUUGGAAUUGGAGAAGGAGGGGUUGACGAGAGGUGGGUAG